GGAGCCGCCUUGAAGUGAUGGAGACAUUCAGGGGAGGUUCCCUGUUGACGGAAGCAGCCCUUACUGACGCUCUCACUAAGCUAGCCUGCUAGCAGCUAGCUAGAAAAGCUGCCCGACGCCCGUUGGUGACGUCCAAACCCAGCGAACAACUCGCAUCCUCCGAUAUCCACCAUGGAUUUGAAUACUAUUUCGUCGCAGCUCGAAACUGUCGACGAAGAGGACGUCGAGAAGUUGCUGCGGCAGUUCAUUGGAGAGAAUAGCCACACCUUCACUUUCGACCCCAAGGAGGAAUCCCUUCGCAUCAAGUUGUGCCAGAGUGUGUUGUCAGUCCUCCGGAGGCAGGUGAAGCCGAGCUGUCAGCAGACGUGUCUGGAGACACUCCGCAUCCUGUCCAGAGACAAGCGCGUCCUCGCACCUGUGGCCACCAGGGAGGGCAUGCUGAUCCUGGGAGGGAUGGCGAGCCUGAAGGCCGGCGGGGAUGGCGACGAUAACCGGGACAUCUCUCGGGAAGACACCCUGUCGGAGGAGGAGGAGAGGGUGGUGGUGGAAGCCUUGAAGUGCCUGUGCAACGUGGUGUACAACAGCCCCGCUGCUCAGCAGGUCAGCGUGGACGUGCAGCUGGUGGAUGGCCUCUGUGCCACCCUGCGCACCGCCCGCACAUGGCACCACGAGGUGGGCCUCUUCACACUGCGCCUGCUCUUCCUGGUGUCUGCCCUACGACCUGAUGUCAGAGGGGUUUUGAGGCGAGAGUUGCACGCUGUCACGCUGCUGACGGAGGUCCUGGAGCACACCCUGGAUGUGAGCUGGGUCGGGCCCUAUGAAUCCGCCCGUCCAGAUCCACAGGCUCUGCCCAUGCCCGCGGAGGACAAUGAGAGAACCAUGGAGGCACUCAAAGCCUUGUUCAAUCUCACACUGUCUGACACCGGCGGAGAGGAAGAUGAGCACCAUUUCCGACUCAUUGCUGCCAUCUUGCGUCAUCUGUUGAUGCUGAAGACUGAGACCGAGGAGAAAACCGAGGAAGCACACAGCCAUGCCAUCAACCUGCUGAAUAACCUGCCUGUGUCCUGCCUGGAUGUGUUAAUCGACGUGCCUGUCCAGGGUGGACUAGAGAUAUAUGGUGGAAAGAAUAUGGAUGCUGUCCAGAUGUUAAUAGACUUCAUGGAGAAAAGGAUGGACAAGCAGGGCUCCAACUACAAAGAAGGUUUGACUCCGGUCCUCAGCCUUUUGACUGAAGGAUCCAGACACCACCGGGAGAUCCGCAGAUAUAUCAAAGCUCAGGUGCUUCCCCCGCUGAAAGAUGUAAAGAACAGGCCGGAGAUCGGCACCACCACCAGGAACAAGCUGGUUCGCCUCAUGACACAUGUUGACAUGGGUGUGAAGCAGACUGCUGCAGAAUUUCUCUUUGUCCUCUGCAAAGAAAGCGUGGACAACCUGUUGAAGUACACCGGGUAUGGAAACGCAGCAGGACUCCUGGUGGCUCGAGGACUUCUCGCAGGAGGGAGAGGAGAGACUCAGUACUCCGAAGACGAAGACUCCGACACCGAGGAAUACAAAUCUGCUAAACCAUUCAUUAACCCAAUCACCGGCCAUGUGGAGGAGCCGAUGCCGAAUCCCAUCGAAGAGAUGACCGAAGAGCAGAAGGAGUAUGAAGCCCAGAAACUUGUCAAUAUGUUUGACAAGUUGUCGAGGCAGAACGUGAUCCGGCCAAUGGGGGUCCGGCCUGACGGAACGUUAGCACCUCUUGAAGAAACUCUUUGUGAUCAACCUGAGGACUCAGGAUCAGACUCUGACUAGUGCACUUCACAUGGAGGCCACAUAUUCCAGGCUAAGCCCACUUGUGGAACUGUGUCCUAAUUUGAGAUCUGGACCUUUUUCUUUUUUUAAAGGAAGGUGACGAUAGGUCACUCAGUCGCUGUACCAGUGCGUCCCAAUAAAUGAUACUCCUAUUAACUUAAAAACAUGCAGAUAUCCGUACAACGAGUCGACCUGUAGUCAACACUACUCGUGGGGUGACCCUGAAGCGACAGGAAAGAUGUGGCAAUGGAUACGAGAAUCAUUCAUGAAUAACAACAUGGCUCCAUAAACAACGAAUACCUCUCCAAAAGUCCACUGGACGAGGUGCGUGGAAACAGCUGUUGACUGUCCUGUCACUCGCCCCUCUUUUCUAUUCCCUCUGUGGAUCGGGUUGAUUAACGUAUACAUGCACCUUCUAUUUAUCUGCAAGGUUAAGGCAGGUCUAGUUUAAGCAGUGUGUGUGUGGGGGGGUAAGUAAUGUAUGUGUAUAUAUACACACACACACACAUAUAUAUAGUGGCUGGUCAGUACUAGAAAUGAGACUUGUGGUGAUCCAGCUCUGAACUGGGACACGGUGAGUAGAAGUGGACCUGAUGCGCUGGUUACUCUUGCAGUAUGAGUUAAUAAUGUCAUUAUUUGCUGGAACAUGUGCAUCUUACUGAGAGCACAGUUAUGGGUUUCGUAGUGUCACAAGGUUUAAAAGUCAUUCCUUCACCUGUGCUUUGGUUUUUCACAUUUUUCUGCUACAUGAUGAGUUUGUCUGCUCUGGAUUUGGUGGAUUUUAAAUCAUGAAUGAUUGGCGGUGUCUUAGAUAUUCCCCCGAUUGCUUAAUGUUUAUUUUUGGGCAUUAACACAAUAGAGAACAGUUAAAUCGUGCUGUACAACAGAUUCCUGUGUACCGUCACCACGGUCCGUUCGGGGGUGACGUUUUGGUCACAACUCUGUUUACUAAGGGCUCGUGUAGCCUUCAGUGCUCAUCUCUGACCCAACUGGCUCCAAAGCAGUUCAUGGAAACGCUUGAUUUGCUUUUCUCUUGUGACCCUUUAAGAGUUUGCUUAGAUCUGAUUGUGAAACACGGCCUGUUGUGUAGUUACCAGUUUCCCAGAAACCUUCACAAAUCGGGGCUUGUUGGUUUACUGUUGUGCAACUGGGAUUUUUUUCCAUUCAAAGCUGACUUUAAAGAGAUGUCCAGCGUUUGGUGUCCGAUCGUGAAUAGAAUGUUUCUGCCAUCGCUGCAAUUUUACUUUCACCAAAUGCGCUGUGACAGGUCUUUUUCCUCUUCACCUUUUUUGGGCUAAUUUGAUACAAAUCUGGGUAUAAACUCAGUGUUGUGUUGCUACAAUUUCCUUUCAUGUUAAUGCUGCCAGUUUUAAAGAAAGCUGCAUGUUUGUUACAACUUCACUUAUUUGUUGUAUUGUAAGAAAAUGACUGAUAAGACCCAGAGAAAAUAAAUAUACAUUUUACCUGA